AUGUUUCAGAACGUGAGGGCCAAGCUCAGGGCGUACUUCAGGAACUUCUUCUGUGCGAAGCGGUCGGCCCGUUUGGUGAACAACCGGUUGCUGGAGCUGCAUGACCGGGUGCUGGCCGGUCCGCCGUGGCGCCCACUCGGCGCCUGGCUCGAGAGGACCCACGUGACCAGCGGCCCCGCCGAGCUGCGCGGCGAACAUCGGUUUGUGGCCGACGGCAUGCUGACGUCACGCGACUGCCGCCGGCUGAUCGACAUCCUGCAGGCAGCGGGAGUGGCGGGCGACGGAUACCGCCAGAGGGUACCGCACACUCCGUUUGAAGAGUUUCGCGGUCUGUCGUUCGGCCGCCUUGUCGUGAAGGUGGCACGAGACGAGGCGUCGCGGAACAGUCUGCGCUUCCUGAUGGACGUGGCGGACGCGGCGAGGCUGUUCGUGGCCCGGCAGUUCGGCGUGGUCGAGCUCCACUCGUCCUACACACACCUGGUGGGCAGGACGUACCUGCCCGGUCUGGGACAGAAACGUCCAGCCUCUGAUCUGAGCCAUCCAAUCCACGUGGACAACUGUUUAUUAUUCGACAACGGAACGUGCUCGCGAGGCAAGGGCGCUUACAUUCACCGCCACUACAGUGCCAUCCUCUACCUGAACGACAACUUCAAAGGCGGCGAGUUUGUAUUCGCCAGGGAUCUGAUCGAUAGAAAGCCAGUGGUGCGCGUGCGCGCGCACUGCGGCAGACUGGUGGGCUUCUCGGCUGGCACGGAAAACCCGCACGGCGUACUGGCCGUCACGGCCGGCACCCGCUACGCCCUGGCCAUGUGGUACACUGAGACGGCCGCGCAGCGCGAGGACGAGAAGAUGGUCGCCGAGCUGUACCUGCACGACCCCAGCAUGGCAGCGGUGAAGAACAUGGUUUCCGGACUGGACGCCAAAUUCAAGAAGGUGGACAAAAUGCUGGGCCACUAGAGAUCGCUACUGAAAGAGGCCACGAGGCAACACGGCGGACGUACUGGCCUUCUGUACUGGACGCUGCGUACUGCCCAGACAGGCUGGCUGGCCUGGUAUCCCGGCCAGCAGACAGCUUCCUCCUACCGAGGCCGCUGGGCUUCCCUGUGUGGGCAGGCGCGAGCCAAACAACUGUGAUCUGUUUAUUGAACGGGUUUGAGUUGGUGGAGGGGCGACAGGAAGCGGGAAAAUCGAUUACGGCUGCCGGCUGUGUGUUUGGGUACAGUGUUCUACGGUUUUCGUCUAAACUUUAGAUGACCCCUUCCAUUGUUUUCAUUCGUCCUAUUUGCUACGGAUGGUCUUUGGUGUUGUUUAAAUAUGUGUUUGUUGAUUGUUAUCUUCACGUAUUUUGUUCGUGCUCCAGUUCUGGCAUAUGAUCGUUACGAGCUUCAAUAUUGUGCCAGGGGUCAGUGGUAGUGUGGUUAACGAACUCGCGAAUUUCUCGGAGGAAUGCUUUUUUAGUGCCAAGAGUAAACGUCGGCUGUGAGAUAGUAUAAACCAGGCAAAGGGGAACGACGACAUCGCAGACUGGAUGAGUGACUAGCUGGUGGCCGGGGCCCUGGUGCUGGUCGCGGCGGAGAGCGGGACAUCCGACGGUCGGUUGCCCGCCCACCGGUGGGAGGUGCCACCUAACCCCACCAAUCGCGUCAGGGAGAUUAUCCCACAACUAUGCUGGGAUCAUGGUCCUAAAGUUAGAGUUUUAUAAAGUAAAACGUUAUCUCACACUGUUCCUCACCCGCAUCGCAUACAAACCGUAAAAUGUGCUAGGAUGCUGGGUUACUGCCAGCAUCCUAGUAUUUUAGUAUAUUUUACGAUGCCAUCAUUUUGU